CAUUGGCCCGCGCGUCUGUAAAUCCGUUCCCUCUUUAUUUGGCGCGUGCCAUUGGUCGGCGGUGACGACAAUCCUGAAACGUGCUCCCGCCCACCGAGCGGAUCAAGUUUGAAUGAACAGCAGCAGCCUGCUCUGGAGGUGGUAGUUGCAUUUGCAGUAAUUAUUAAAAGUGUGUAUCGUAUCACGGGGUGAGCCUUUCGAGGAUGGACAUGAAGAAAAGAAUUCACCUAGAGUUGCGGAACCGCACUCCGUCAGACGUCAAAGAACUAGUGCUAGACAACUGUCGCUCAAAUGAAGGCAAGAUCGAGGGUCUAACAGACGAGUUUGAGGAGCUGGAGUUUCUAAGCACAAUCAAUGUUGGUCUGACGACAGUUGCCCACUUGCCGAAGCUAAAUAAACUCAAAAAGCUUGAACUCAGCGAUAACAGGAUCUCAGGAGGGUUGGAAGUUCUGGCGGAGAAGUGCCCCAAUCUCACACAUCUAAACCUCAGUGGCAACAAGAUUAAAGACCUCAGCACAAUAGAACCACUGAAAGAACUGGGGACCCUGAAAAGCCUAGAUCUGUUUAACUGUGAAGUGACAAACCUGAACGAAUACAGAGACAACGUGUUCAAGCUAUUACCCCAGCUCACGUACCUGGAUGGGUAUGACAAAGAUGACAAAGAAGCACCCGAUUCUGAUGCUGAGGUCUAUGCAGAGGGCUUGGAUGAUGAUGAGGAAGAUGAAGAUGAUGUAGAUGAUGAGGAGUAUGAUGAAGAUGCAGCACCAGGAGAUGAGGAGGAGGAGGAAGGAGAGGAUGAAGAAGAGGAGAAUGAAGAAGAAGAAGAGGAAGACCUCAGUGGAGAGGAGGAAGAGGAGGAUGAUUUGAAUGACAGAGAGGUUGACGAUGAAGAUGACGAAGAAGAGCGAGGUCAGAAGAGAAAAAGGGACCUGGAUGAAGAAGGGGAGGAAGAUGAUGACGAUUGAGAGUCUUCUUUAAGCUAAGUUGUGAACUGUUUUUAACUUGUAUCUCCCAGUCACUUCCCAACAGCCCCCAUGUAUUUUUUCCCCUCAGUUUCAUAUUGCAGUAGGAGUGGGUUUCUUUUGUUAUUGGCCAGUUAGGUAGACGGGUUUUCCUGAAAGGAAAGAAAAGGUUACAUUUGUGUACCUUUGACACCCCCGUGUUCCAGUCUUUACUGUCCACUUUUAACUGCUUCGUGGACACCAGUUUUGUAAUAUCAAAUAAUAGCAAAUAUAAACCUUUUUGAGAGACGUUUUUGUUUCCUCACUGUUUGUGUAAGACCAAUUUCUGAUGUAUUUUAAGACCGCCCCAAAAAGAGGGGAGGAAAAAAAAAUAAAAUAAAAAGAGUGCAUGUCUAAUACAUUUUAAAGUCAACUACUGGAUUCAUGUAUGGCUGUCCUCUCCUCGUCUUAAACUUGUUAUUAUUUUUUUAAUUGUAUUUCUUUUUUUUUUUUUCUUUUUAAUGUAAGUUAUGUGUUUGUAGUGUCACCAGUAUGCCAAUACUCUCUGCUGUCCUGGUGUGAAACUUCUGUCUGAACAUGCGCAGUGUGACCCUCACGGGACAUAUUUUUAAAUCCUAGCAAAAAAAUGUCUGCCCUUGUCAAAGCUGCUCCUCCUCCUCUUAAACCCUCAGCUUUGAUAGUUCGGAAAUUACGUGUUCUUGUAAAUAAUGACCAAAUCUAUUUUUUUGUAUUCUCUUUGAUGACGGCAGACAUUGAACAGACAACUGAGGUGAAACUAUGAAUUGUAAUAAGAUAUUAAAUAUGUAUGCUGCUUUAUCUAAGAAUACGCAGUGUGAAAUUUCUUGAAUUUGAACAUAACUUUGUAUGCAUCAUCUUUCCAUAAGGACAAAACAUCAGAGCUCAUUGCUUUCUUUGUUCCCCCCCCAUGUUCUUUUCUGUGACACACACACAGAUGGCAAUGUUUGAAUUUUGUGCUGGUGGUGUAGAGGAGUGCUUGAUUUAAAUGGAGGUUACAGCCACAACGUAUGUGCAUCGAAAAUUUAUUGUUGCAAAAUGUAAACUCUGGAAAACGGUCAGCUGUUUGGACUUUGUUUUCCUCCAGUAUACGCAAUGGUCAAAUUGGCCUACCUCAGUGAUUUUUUUUCACUACAUGUUAAAUCCACUGUCAUCAGCUGAUUUCUUUCUUUUCCCCUUCCAUUCACUUCAAUAAAUCCCUUUUAUAUA